AUGUACCCUAAAUUAAUCUUUGAUUAUCUUGUAUCUUUCUCCUUCUCACGAUUUUUUCACCUACCACCUCCUUCCGCCCUCUGCCCUCCAACAGCAACCCCUACCUCUGUUAGGAAGCUUUGGUACCUUGCUGCACCUGCGAUUUUCACUUCCGUUUGUCAAUACUCACUCAGGGCCAUCGCGCAAACCUUUGUCGAUCAUGUCGGAACUUUAGAUCUCGUCACCGUCUCCAUCGGAAACACCUUCAUUGCCGGUUUAUGUUUAGGAAUCAUGAUUGAUCUACAACUUGGAAUGGCCACCGCGUUGGAAAUGUUGUGUGGGCAAGCAUUCAGAGUAGGUCAAGUGGAUAUGUUGGGUGUAUAUAUGCAAAGAUCGUGGGUGAUUAUGUUUGUUACUGGUCUAAUUCUGAUGCUUCUGUAUAUCUUCGCAACUCCAUUGCUCAACUUCAUUGGACAAACAAAAGAUAUCUCUCAGGCUGCGAUGAAAAUGGCGUCAUGUAUGAUACUGCAACUAUUCGCUUAUGCUUUUAAUUAUCCGAUUGCUAAGCUUCUUCAAGCUCAUAGUAAGAUUAUGGUGAUGGCUUACAUAUCUGCGGUGUUGGUGAUUCCACCUCAUUCUCAACCAACGUCGACGACUCAUAUCCUCCACAGUAGACGUUGUUGA